AUGAAGGACCAGCAGAUGGCUUCCGCUGCCGAAUCGACACUCCCUGAAAAGGGCCCAGUCGUUGACGUGGAGAGUGCGCCGAGCUCGUCUCCUCCAUCUAUCCCUGAUGCAGGCCAAGAUUCGGAUGAUUCGUUGGACUCGAUGGGGAAAGACAUCGAGGGAGACCUCGGUGCCUGGGUAUGCGUGCUGGGCUCCUUGCUGUUUCUGAUCCCUUCCUUUGGUUUCAUGGCCUCCAUCGGAACAGUUCAGUCAUACCUCAGCCUCAACCAACUGAGCAACUAUUCCGUCAGUCAAGUUGGAUGGAUUAGCGGAGUAUACCUCUUCCUCUCCCUCAUCUUCAACUUCCAGAUCGGAUCUAUCCUAGAUCGAUACGGACCUCGGGUUCUCAGUCCCUUCGGGAGUGUCUUUUCCACGGCCACAUUCCUCCUGCUGGCCGAGUGCAAGACCUAUUGGCAGUUUAUGCUAUGCUUUGGCGUCUUUGGAAGCAUUGGCACAGGAAUCGACUGCACCACGGCUAUUGGUGUGGUUGGAAAGCUCUUUGUUCGUCGUCGUGGCUUGGCCAUCGGCACAGCGGUUCUGGGAACAUCCCUCGGUUCCAUCAUCUUUCCCCUCCUCCUACGCUCCACGUUUCAGAGCCUCGGGUGGGCGUGGUCGAUGAGAAUUGUGGCCUUGGUCGUAGGCAUCGUGUCAGUACUGGGAGUCAUCUGCUUCCUCCCCUUCGACCGACUUGUUGCCGCCAACUCGACCUCCACCAAGGCCAAGUCUGAAGGUUUCUCGCUUGACUUAUCAGCAUGGAGGAACCCGACCUUUGUUUUCGUCUCGUGUGGCGUUUUCCUGAUCGAGUUUGUUGUUUUCGGCAUUGGUGGGCUCUUGCCAACUAUCUCAACCGGCGCGGGCUUUACAGCCGAGGAUGGAUAUACCCUUCUUUCCAUCCUGGGUGCUUGCUCUUGUGUUGGCCGUUUCAGCAUGGGCUUUAUCGGUGACAGAUUAGGAGCUCUCAACUCGAUGAUCGCUGUCAUGAUCCUCACCAUUGUCUUCAUGGCCACGAUCUUCAUUCCCUUCAGUACCACGUCAGCUCCUCUGCUGUACACCUUCAGUGCACUUUGGGGAUACUGCUCGGGGUCGUUUUACGCACUCUCGCCUGUCUGCACAGGUAAAACAUGCGAGCCCAAAGACUAUGCGAGAUACUAUGGAUCAACCAACUUUUCCGUCGGCAUCGCACUGCUGCUGGCCAACCCUCUCAGUGGCAUCAUGCUGGAGAAGCUGGGCGCUCAGCCAUUGGCAUGCUUUUAUCUUGCCAUUGUCUUUCUCGCGGGCGUGUCUUUUACUGUGGCCCGAGGUCUGCUCAUUGGAAACUUUACUACCUUCAAAACCAAGAUGUAG